ACUGCUUUUGAUCAAAGCAGAGCAGGUCUGCUGUAGGGCUUAUCACCAUUGGAAUCAAGGAGAGGAGGAGAAAAUCACUCCAGAUAAGCGCAGAACUUCCCUAGCCUGUAAUACCAGCUGUGGGUACUGUUCUCAGUGUUGGAGAUCUUCACAAUACAAUCGGACCAGAUCCUUUGGAAAUAAUUGUGUCUCAAAUGCCCUGUGGAGCACAUACUUAAUCAGUUGAUGGCUAUGGAAUUUUCCAACAUCAGCUAAAGAGAAGGGUCUGGCGUAUUCUCCCGGGCCACGGUGAGCAUCUGUAGACCAGAGGCUUGAGAAAAAGGAGGAGCAGGAAAUGGCCUGGAUUUCUGGAGGCCUGCUCUAAAGCUGGUCAGUUCUGCAAGAAAGGAAAGGAGGAGGAGACUGGCUCAAACCUCUGGAGUCUGGAAACAUCAGGAAUAUUGAGACAGGUGUAGGUUGCGCUGUGACUGGGAGAAGAAGACCUGCAGGACACCCUGCUGUUGGUUGUGGGGCUUGAUACCACUUGAACAAGAGAAGGAGGGAGAAAUUGCACCACGUCAGUGAAGAUCCACCUCCAGUGGCAGCUCUGGUGGUGGUGGAGUUGCUGCUGACCGCCACCUUCAACAAGUCUCAACCCACCCAAGAACCGGCCAUCUUCCUCAGCUUGCUUGUGCCUCUUCUGCACUUUGUCCGUCUUAUUGAUUGAGUCUGCGUGGGAAGGAGACUGACUGCUGGACUGGCAAUUGACUGUAACUCUUGUUUCCAACCUCAUAUCCUAAAUUACUGAAAAAUCAGAGUGUGAAGAAACAAACCUGUGACAGAUCUGUGGUCAAGGUUGAGAUUGAGGGAGGGCUAUAUACCUGGGUUUUGUCUGUAACUUGUACCAUGACUGGUGCCGAGAUUGAGCCUAGUGCCCAGGCUAAGCCUGAAAAGAAGGCUGGGGAAGAGGCUGGGGCUGAGAGAGAGAAUGAGGUCCCUCUCGUUGUCAGGCCCAAGGUUAGGACCCAGACCCAGGUAACUUCUGGGGCAAGGCCCAAAACUAAGACUAAGGUUAUGCCUGGAGUAAAGCCAAAGACUGAGGCAAGUGCCAUGCGUAGGUCACGUCGUAAGAAUAAGGCCAAGGCAAUACCUGGGUCAAGAUUUAAGGAUGAACCCCAGGUGUAUGCCCAGACCAGUUCCUCUCCACUGGUCAGUACUGAUUCUAAGUUGGUUGCUAAAACUAAUUCCCUGUCUGUGGAUAGAGAACUGGUUAGUAUGGACACUGAUAACUUUCAGGGAAGGAAAGCUGACUCUCAAGCUGGAUUCCAGCCAUCUCUUAUGUCAGAGGAUGAGACCUAUAUGGGGUCCUGGCACUCUAAUAGGCCUACGUCCAAACAAGAGGCCUCUUACAAUUCUAAUUUCAGGGGUGUUGAUAAAUCCUCUAUGAGUUCCUGGUUCUGGAGUGGAGAUGAGGUCACUACAAGAGGGCAUCCUAGGAACCAGACAAAGGCCAGUACUAGGUCCAGGCACAUGGCCAAACAUGAAGCCAAUACCAUGUCUAGGCCCCAAACUAAUCAGGAGCUCUAUAUUGUGUCUAGUUCUGGUUCUGAGGAUGAGUCUGCGAAGUCAUCCUGGUUCUGGUCCAGAGAAAAGACCAAUACCUCCUCUGGGCUCAGGGGAGGGGACAGUAGCAGGUCCAGGUUUAGGUUCAAGAAAGAAGUCUAUGUUGAAUCAAGUUCUGGAUCUGAGAAUGAAGGCCAUAUGAAGUCCUGGUUCUGUGCUGGAGAGGAGGCCAAAUUCAGAUCCAAACGCAGAGCCAGGAAAGAGGCCAAUAUCAGGGCCAGGCGCAGGGGCAGGCGAGAAGCUUGCGUUGAUUUCAUGUCUGGGUCUAUAGAUGUAAUCAAAAAAGAGUCUUGCUUCUGGCCUGAAGAGAAGAUUAAUACCUUUUCAAGGCCCAAGACCAAGAAAGAGGCCAGGGCCAGAGCAAUAGCAAAGGCAGAGGCCAAAAGCAAGGCUAGAGCCAGGGCCAGGCAAGAAGCCAGGUCAGAGGAGGAGGUCCUCAUUGGGACCUGGUUCUGGGCUACAGAAGAGCCCAGCAUGGUGGAUGGGGCCAGUGUCAAGUCCAGUCCACAAGUGGAGGAUGAGUCCAUUGUUGGAAGUUGGUUCUGGCCUGAAGAAGAGGCCAGUGCGGGGACUGGUGCCAGCAGUCUAUCCAGACCAAUAGUUGAGGAGUCUAUUAGUGAUUUGUGGCUUACAACUGGAGAAAAGACCAGCAUGAAAACUGGGAUUGAGGCCAUCUCUGAAUCUAUACUAGCAGCUGAUGAUGAAGAGGUCAUUAUUGGUUCCUGGUUCUGGGCUGGUGAAGAAGUCAGCCCAGAGGCUGAGGAAGAGACCAUUUUUGGGUCUUGGUUCUGGAUCAUUGAUGAGACCAGUGUAGAAUCUGCUGUUGGGGUCAGCUGUGAGUCCAGGCUAAAUUCUGAGGAAGAAGAGGUCAUUGGUCCCUGGUUCUGGGCUGAAGAAGAAAUUGAUACGGAGACUGGGGUUAGAGAACAGGCCAGGCCAGGAGCUGAAGAAGAGACAAUAUUUGGAUCCUGGUUUUGGGCUGAAAACCAAACCCACAUGGAUUCUGGGGCUGAACCUAGCUGUGACACCACACCAGGGGCUGAUGAGGAGGAGCCCAUUAUUGAGUCUUGGUUCCAGGCCAGAGUAGAGGCUGAUGUCAACAGUAAGUCUGGCAUGGAGGAUGAGGAAGAGGACAUUAUACCAUUUUGGUUUCGGGCCAGAGAAGAGGUCAGUAUGAUGUAUGGGGCUGAUGCCAGAUGCACAUUUAUGGCAGGAGCUGAGGAGACUAAAAAUAGGUCUUGCUUCUGGGAAGAAGAAGAACCCUGUAUGUAUUCUGCCAGUGGAGGAAGCUGGAAGUCUAGCUCAGAGGAGGAAGAGGACACUGUUGAUUCAUGGUUCUGGUCCAAAAAAUACACAAGGCCAGAGGCCAUUGUAGGGUCCCAGUUAUGGGCUGCAGAAGAGGGUAGUAUAGAUGGGACUGGAGAAGAGGCCAAGCUACCAGCUGAAGACGAGAUCAUGAUCAAUUCCUGGUUUUGGAAAGAAGAUGAAGCCAUUAUAGAGGCUACCAACAGAGAAGAGUCCAGAUCAGAAGCUGAGGAGGAGGACAUUAUUGGUUCUUGGUUUUGGGCUGGAGAAGAGGACAGGUUCCAGGCAGAACCUGAGGCUGGAGAAGAAAAUAGGCUAACAGUUGAGGAGGAAGGUAUUGUUGGGUCCUGGUUCUGGGCCAGGGAAGAGGCCAUUAGAAGAGAGGAUGAGUUUUGCAGCAAAUCCAGUCACAAAGCUGAAGAAGAAGAAGUCACUGUUAGGCCCUGGUUGUGGGAAGAAGAGGCCAGUCUGGAGGCAGCAGCAGGGACCAACUUUGAGUUUAAUCCUGGGACUCAGGAGGAGGAAAUCACUGUUGGGUCCUGGUUCUGGGCUGAAGAAGCAGCCAGCAUAGAGGCUGGGUCUCAGGCAGUAGAAGAGACUGGGUCAGGUACUGAAGAGGAGACCAUUUUUGGAUCCUGGUUCUGGGCUGAAGCAGAGACAUGCUGUGUAUCUAAAUCAGAGAAUGAUGAAGAGAUGAUUGUUGAAUCCUGGUUCUGGUCUGAAGACAAGGCCAUUAAGGAAACUGAAUCUGUGGCCGCCUAUGAGUCCAGGUCAGAAAAUGAGGAAGAGAUAUCUAUUGGGUAUUUGUUUGGAGCUGAAGAUGAGAUGAAUAACAGGACUGACAAUGUUACCAACUAUGAGUACAGGGCAUCAGUUGAUGAGGAUGAGGCCAUAGUGGGGUCCUGGUUCUGGGCAGGAGAUGAGGCCCAUUUUGAAUCAAAUCCUAAACCUGUGUUCAGGGACAUUUGCAUGCCAGGGUGUUCAGUUGAGCAGGAUCCUGAUCCUUCACGCAGGCCUCAGACUUGGGAGGAGGUCACUGUUCAGUUCAAGCCUGGUCCAUGGGGUAGGCUUGGCUUCCCAUGCAUAAGCCCCUUUAAAUUUCCAAAAGAAGCAGCAUCUUUAUUCUGUGAGAUGUUUGGGGGAAAGCCCAAGAAUAUGGAACUUGGCCCAGAAGGGGAAGAGCAGGAAUCUUCAUCUCAAACUGAUCAGCCUGACCCUGAGUUCCCAUUUCAGUACGAGCCUUCCUACCGGUCAGUCCGGGAAAUUCGAGAGCAUCUUAGGGCCAGGGCAAGUGCAGAGCCAGAGAAUUGGUCCUGCAGCUGCAUACAAUGUGAUCUUAAAAUUGGUUCUGAAGAGUUCGAAGAACUCCUUUUAUUAAUGGAGAAAACUCGAGAUCCUUUUGUUCAUGAAAUAUCUAAAAUUGCAAUGGGUAUGAAAAGUGCUUCUCAAUUUACCCGAGAUUUCAUUCGUGAUUCGGGUGUUGUCUCACUUAUUGAAACCUUACUCAAUUAUCCAUCCUCCCGAUCUAGAACAAGGUUUUUGGAAAAUAUGAUUCACAUGGCUCCACCUUACCCAAAUCUAAAUAUGAUUCAGACAUACAUAUGUCAAGUGUGUGAGGAAACCCUUGCUUAUAGCUUGGAUUCCCCUGAGCAGCUUUCUGGAAUAAGAAUGAUUAGUCAUUUCACUACUACUUCUGACUAUCACACACUGGUUGCCAAUUAUAUGUCUGGGUUUCUCUCCUUAUUAGCUACAGGCAAUGCCAAAACAAGGUUUCAUGUUCUGAAAAUACUACUGAAUUUGUCUGAAAAUCUUGUCAUGACAAAAGAACUACUCAGUGCUGAAACACUGUCAGAAUUUAUGGGCUUCUUCAACAGGGAAGAGACACCUGACAAUAUUCAAAUUGUUCUUGCAAUAUUUGAGAAUAUUAGUAAAAAUAUCAAAAAAGAAGAAGAGUUCGCUGAUGAUGAUUUCGAUCUUGAGCCACUUAUUUCUGCAUUCUAUGAAGUUGAGAAAUUUGCUAAGGAACUGCAAGGCAAAACAGACAAGCAAAAUGACCCUGAAGCAGACCAAGGGAAUUAGUAUCAUUAAUUACUUGCCUCUGAUUGUCCUUAUGUUCUUGAUUAUGAUCCUUGAGUAAUGCUUUGGUUUUCACAGUUGGUUUUAUGUUGCAUUGUACAUCUUUAAUGCUGAUACUAACUUUGCCUAACCCUGUGUGUAAGCUGGAUCAUUUUUCUGAUGCCAAAUGAAUAUUAUAACUGAAAACACACUUGGUGAUAUUUGUCUCGUCCAAACUGUGAUCUUGUGAUCUUUAGUAUUUGAGCUUAUAGUGAACUGAGCCAUCAUAAAUAAGCUACCCUUCUGAUUGUUCUGAUUGUCGUUCUACUGUAUAGAUAUCUGUUUGUGUGUGGUGUUUCAAUAAAUGGUGUUUCAAUAAAGUCCUAUGUUAAAGUUGG